CUCCAUGCGCGGAGCCGGGGAUGGCCGAGCCCGCCCCGCCUCCCCCUCGGGCGCGCCUGAGGGGGGUCCUGCGGGCAGGGGGGACCGGCGAGCCGAGCGCCGCCGAGCCUGCCCGACUGCUGACGAGCGUGUUCGGGGCCUUUCGACCGAGUUCCGAUGAGGCCCGAAGCGGCCCGAGCCGCUCGGGCCCCGUGCGAAGGCGGCCGGCGCGCGCGCUCCCUGCCGGCUGGCCAAUGGGGCGCGGCCGAGUCCGCGCGGCGCGGCCCGAAGCGGUACCUGACGGAUCGGGUGAGACCCGAGCCCGCCCGAACGCGGCCGAGUCCCCGAGCGGUGCGGCCCGGCGAGGCGAAGAGUCCCGAGCGCGCUCGAGCAGUGUCCGAUCUCAGCCGAAGGCGGUAGCGAGGAACGCCGAUGUGUGCCGAGUCCUCUCCGAUCGCGCCCGAGCUCCGCUCGCCGGCCCGAACGGAGACGCCCGAACGGGCAGCGCCCGAAUCCGCCCGAAAGCGACCGAACCGGGCCGAACGCUCCGAUCGCGCCCGAAGGCGGGUGGGCGGGGCGAGGGCCCGCGCGGGGGCUGUCGGGACGGCGAAGGACCGGCGGGCGGGGCAGGGGUGUCAAGAUGGCGGUGCCGAGCCGAGGUGAGCGGUGUCGCGAUAGCAACACAACAGCGACACGACAGCCCUUUCCGGGGCACCGGGGGGACUGUCUCCCACCGUGCUAGAGGAAGAACGUCAGAGAUCCUGUCAUCGCUUCCCUUGCACAUCCUGCUUCAUGUAAAUGGGGUUUAUUACGUCUUCUACUUCUUGGCAACUCUUGCAAUGAUUAUUUACAAAAGUCAGGUUUUCAGUUAUCCAGAUGAUUUUUUGGCUCCUGAUCUUGCUGUGCUUUUCCUUAUGGCCAUUCUGGAAGUGCCUCGAUUGUACUUGGGUUUCAAGGGCAACCUGACAGAAGCAGAGGUGCCGCUGGGGCUGAGCCUGGGGCUCACGAUGGGCAGUGUGCUGCUGUGUGUCUACCUGCUGCUGUGGCAGACCUAUGUGCUGUGGGCAGAUGUGCUCCUAAACGCCGUGCUGCUCUCGGCCUACGGGCUCGAGUCAGGGCUCAAGGUCACGGCCAUCGCUGCCUUUGUCAGCUGAGCCCAGCCCUUCCCACACAUUCCUUCUCUGAAAGAGUGGGGCUUCACCUCCACUGCUGAAUUCCUUUGUAUAUAAAAGCCCUGUAAAGCUUCUCUCUGGUUAAAUGAGAAGUUUUGGGGACAUGGAUGUCCUGCCUAGGAGCUGUGUGAUGCAGUCCACCACUGGCUUAUUUAUGGACAAAGGCAAGGGAUGAAUCACAAAGCACUUGAAACUCUGGUAUUCACCAGGGGUCAGUACUAAAUAUCCAUUCCCAACACAGGAUAGGAGGCAGUGCCGCUGGCAUGGUGGCAGUUUUCACGGCACGGGAGCAAUAUGCAGCCCAAGUGACACAGAAAUGAAUCAGGCCAGGGCUCACUUGUGCCUUGCCACGCACACGUCCGUGUUUGAGGGCACAGCUGCUCUGCUGCUCUCAUUUGUGUUUCCAGACCUCAGUGGUAAUUUCCCUGACUUUAGUAGGGCAGAACCUGAUGUAUCCCAGCGGGGGAGAGUGGAACUGGGUUUUGUGCAUACCUGGAGAGCCAAGCCACAAGGUUUGGCAGCCAGUUCUUACUACGUGAGGGGAUGUUUGGUUAGACAGGAUGGCUUUAAAAUGAACAAAACCAUUCAACAUUCAUUCUCCCUUCUGUCCUUUUUAAAAGUCCAACAGAAUGUUGGCAGUUUUAUUUCUAUUCACUGUUAAAUGUGCUUAUUUCUACUUUUUUGCAAAAAUUACUAUAUUCAAAUCUGUCUUAACUUCUAACUGGUGCAAGUGCAGAGUUUUUUACUGUCUCAAAAAUAUGUGCUAAUGGAAAGCUUUGGGAGUUCCUGGGUUUUUGAAGAAGCCUAUUUUCUAUUCAGAAUUUCCUAUUUUUGUAUUUAUUUAUUCAUUCAAAUAAAUAAUGGUUUAGAUC